UGUCGAGCUACACGUCGUGUCAACUUUGGAGCUUUGACAAUAUGGAACAAUUUUACCGGAUUUUAACUGUUUUUAAAAUGUUCAGUAUUUUUUUACUUCUAAUUUUAUCAUGUGUGUAUGGACAGCAAGCUCAACCAGCGCAACAACAAAUGCCGGUCCAACAGCAAGGACAGGUACCGAUGCAGCAAAUACCGACGCAGCAACAAGUUCCUAUUCAGCAAGUCCCAAUACAACAGCAAGUACCGGUACAGCAAGUUCCAUGCAGCAGCAAGUUCCAAUGCACCAGCAAGUACCGAUGCAGCAGCAAGUUCCAAUGCAGCAGCAAGUACCAAUGCAACAACAAGUACCAAUGCAGCAGCAAGUACCAAUGCAGCAGCAAGUUCCAAUGCAGCAGCAAGUUCCAAUGCAGCAGCAAGUACCAAUGCAGCAGCAAGUACCAAUGCAGCAGCAAGUACCCAUGCAGCAGCAAGUUCCAAUGCAGCAAGUACCGAUGCAGCAAGUUCCAGGGCAGCAAAUCCCAAUGCAGCAAGUUCCCAUACAGCAGCAAAUGCAUCCUGGUCAAGUUCCCAUGCAACAAUUGCACCCUGGACAAAUACCGAUGAUGCCAAUGCAUCCUGAACAAGGUCAAAUGCCCCCUCACAUACUCCCCGGACAACCACCAGUCCAUGUUGCACAACCUCCAAUGACCAUGCCAUUAUUUGAUGAAAACGCUGAUGAUGCACCUGCUGUAGCCAUGGAGUAUAAAGUUCAUGUGGACCCAGGAAAAGAAGAGUGCUAUUUCCAGUUUGCCCAAAAGGGAGCUACCAUCUAUGUCAGCUUUCAGGUUCUUCGUGGAGGAGAUGGCAUGGCAGGUUUUGCAGUUAGGAACCCUAGUGGCCAAUUAGUACAUCCAUAUCAGUGGAAGCCGGCAUCUGAAUUUCAGGAAGUAUCGCCCACCGGCGGAUAUUAUGGGAUAUGUGUGGACAACCAGUUCUCUCGAUUUGCUGCUAAAUUAGUCAAUCUUUAUAUUACGACCUUCAGGUACGACCAAUGGGAGAAAUUUACUCAGGAACUUAAAGAUAUUGACGUUAGCGCAGAAAACUGCACGAAUAUACUCCAAGGUGUGGAUAAGCGAAUUCAAGGCAUCUUGCAGAUGCAGCAAUUGGGUCGAAGCAGAGAAGCUCGAGACUACAAUCUUCUAUUAGAUAACGAGGCCUACGUGCAAUAUUGGUCGUUGGCUCAAUGUGCGGUGGUUAUUGGUUGUUUUGUUGUGCAGGUAUAUUUUGUUAAGAAACUUUUUGAAACGAAAAGCGGAGGAAGAGGACGAAUUUAAGAUUUUAUCUGACAUGGAAUUUAAAGAAACUUAUCUUUGAGCCAAUCUUUUCAGAUCUUCCAAAUUGACGAAAUAGGUUUAAAUGUUCAAAUGACUCUUUAAAUGAUGAUUGCUCUCUUAUUUUUACAAUCCGUCCCAAUAUACAUUCCAUGUGUCUCUACAAUAUGAAACUGAGUUGUGAAUUUGGUGAUGACAAAAUACAGAUGACAAGUGCUGGUUAA